AUGACAAGUAAUGGUACUAGCACAAGUGCAACUGAAAUUGAACUUCUCAAUGAACUUCCGCCGCUGUUUGCAGCAGGAACAACAGUGACUUCCGAAAAUGAUAAACAAAAGCAGUCAAAUAACUAUAACUUAUUGUCAAUGAAUCGAGGACCACCGAUGGCCAACGUAACUUAUCAGGAUGAUCGUGAUCAACAAUUGAAUCAUGCUGUUGAUAAACUCCUCAAUAGAUAUGCACCAGAUGCUGCUCCACACAAAGUGCUUCACACGACAGCGAAUCGUCGGCCACCUACUCAAGCGAAUGUUCCGACAGAGCAUAAUGAGCCAUUCGUAUCGACAUUCCAAACCAACAUUCCGCCUACCACUUCACAUGGUUAUUCAAGUGUCAUCCGACCAAACAACACUCAAUUUGCACAAUCUCAACCACAAGCUAAUCCAAGCACCAACAAUCGAAAUACACAAGCACCAGGACAAUCUCGUCCUACAAAUCAUUACGAUAACAUUCAACACAACGUUCAACAAUCAAAAACAGCUAUGCCUAUUAAAACGAAAGAUGGAUUUAUUACUCAAGUAGUACCCGGUAAAUUAUACACUCUAGAAGAUGAUCCACUUCAUCUUCUCUACGACAGACAAGAACCUGCUUCUUCGACGCAUCAACCUUCGUUUCAAUCUACUUUUCAACCAUCGAUGAAUGCUCAAAAUAUUCAAGAUCCCCUUUCGUCACACAUUUAUCCGAACGGAUCACAACGAUAUCCACAUCAAUCCGCUGCUACGACGACAACAAAUACGGUACCUAAUGAUCGUUUGCAACCAUUCGAUUUGGGAAAUUUAAUUAAACGUGUUCAAGAAGAAUACCUUCGUGAGAUUCAGCCGUUUGUAUCCAGUGUGAAAUUUGUGGAAAAAGAUAGAGAAUUCGGUCAGAAUUUGAAUGACGUUGGCUUUUCAACCCCAGUCACCGUUCGAAAAGGCUUUACCAGACAAGCAGAUGAUAUUCUUCGAAACAGUUUUGGUGGAAGAAGACAUCACCGAAAGCCAGGCAAUCAAUACGAUUCAAAGGAAUACUCUGACGAUGAUGUCGAUGAGCUUCGAUCAUCUGGUCCAUAUAUUCCAUUGCAGAAAUUUGAUUCCAAACAAUCGUUCACUUCUGUAACAUCAACAUCAUCCUAUGACGAUGAUUAUGAUGAGCGCGGACUGCCGAUAGUUCAACCGAAGAAGAAGGUUACAGUACAUGAUCAAGGAACAUCGCCACCUCCGAGACCUACUCAAGCAAGUAUGCGAGCCACAGAAUCACAACCUUAUAAUGGAUCUGCAGGUAUCCCUUCGACUUCUGUUCCAACCAAUCAGUUUAAUGGAAAUAGUGGAGCAGGAACAACAACAGAUCGUUCCGGAGGUGUCAAACUUGCGCAACGUAUUUCAUCAGGUCAAUACACAAGAAGCUCGUCAGGAUCGGAUUCGGAAGAUGAUUACACAGCUACGUACUAUGACCCCGAACCACCGAGAAAGAGUCAAGGAAUAAAUGCAGUCGUGGCAACUGAACCUCUUGCCCCACCAACAGCAAGUUCGCGUGAACGAGGCGCUACAAACAAUCAAGUACCACAACGUAGUGAAGAUAUACGACCCACACCGCCAACUAUUCGCCCUGGAGCAAAUUCUCAAAAUGCUGGACGACAUAGUGAAAGUGAAGGAAGUGGUAGCGAAAUAUCUGGAUCCGAUCAAGUCAGUGAUAGUGAUGAUGACAAGAAACCAUCUGUACCUACAAAUCAAGCAACGCCUACCACAACAAGCCGAUCGAAUGUUCCACAAAAUGCAUCUACUACACCGGGUGGACGAUCUGCAGCAGCUCCUCAAUCCAAUAGUCGAGAUACAGUAGCAGCAAAUCAACCGGUUACAUCACGAAAUCCUGCUGAAAGCAAUGCUCGAGGUGCUCCUCCUGCCACUACCACAACCACAGCUCGAACCACAGUGGAAAAUAAUUCUCGAGGAGCUCCUCCUGCCACUGCCACAACCACAGCUCGAACCACAGUGGAAAAUAAUUCUCGAGGAGCUCCUCCUGCAACCACCAAUCCAACUACAACCGCUCGAACAACAGUUGAAAAUAAUGCCAGAGCAGCAGGCGCAGCCGGAAGUACCAAUCUUCAUUUUGUACCUCCAGACCAACGAAGCGCAGCUGCAAGUGGUGGCGAUCGAGGUGCGCAGGCAGCACCCAUUCAACCAAAUGCGCCAAGCACAACUGCUGCUGCUCAGACCGGUUCAACUCGCUUAUUUCAUGGUGAUAAUGAUCAAAAAGGCAAACGUUCAUUGUUGGAUAGUACAUCCGUUGUUGGUAACAAAAUCAAAUCACUAUUCCGUAAAAAAUAA